CAUCUUUAAAUGUAAAACCCCAAACAAAUUCCCUUGUUAAUUUAAUUACUUCCAUCUUAUUCCCUCAAAUAUAACCCAAAUCCUUUACUUUCAUUCAAAGGUCCCAUUCUCAUUUUCUGAACCCCAAAAAAUUUCAAACCAUGUUCUUUAAACAACUGAUCUCUUCUCUUCUCUUUUUCCUCGCUGUACUCGUUGUCGUUGCUGCCGCCGCCCGCCCUUCUUCUCCAACAAAGUUUCAAUACCUUAAUGUUAAAGCUACCAAAUUGGACUUCAAUGACGGUCAAAUUCUUCAUACCCUUAAUUUCUCCGACGCUCACCGGCAAGUUUCUGGUCAUAAAUCCCACAACGAUACAUUUAAACUCAACCUUCUCCAUAGGGAUAAACUAUCCCAUGUCCAUGGUCACCGUCGUGGGUUCAACGACCGCAUGAAAAGAGACGCCAUAAGAGUCGCCACCCUCGUCCGCCGCCUAUCCCACGGCGCCGCCGCCGUGGAAGAUAGCCGUUUCAAGGUGGCUAAUUUUGCCACGGAUGUCAUUUCAGGAAUGGAAGAGGGGAGUGGAGAAUAUUUUGUUCGGAUCGGAGUUGGGAGCCCGCCGAGGAGUCAAUAUAUGGUGAUUGAUUCGGGGAGUGAUAUUGUGUGGGUCCAAUGUAAACCUUGUAGCCGAUGCUACCAACAAUCCGACCCGGUUUUCGACCCGGCCGACUCCUCGUCGUUCGCCGGCGUCUCUUGUGGCUCCGACGUUUGCGACCGCCUUGAGAACACCGGAUGUAACGCUGGACGAUGUCGGUACGAAGUGUCGUAUGGGGACGGGUCUUACACUAAAGGCACUCUCGCUCUCGAAACUCUCACCGUCGGCCAAGUGAUGAUUCGUGACGUGGCAAUUGGGUGCGGUCAUACAAACCAAGGAAUGUUUAUAGGGGCCGCCGGUUUACUCGGACUCGGUGGAGGGUCAAUGUCCUUCAUUGGCCAACUCGGUGGUCAAACCGGCGGAGCAUUCAGCUAUUGUUUAGUGAGCCGAGGCACCGGCUCAACCGGAACAUUAGAAUUCGGCCGUGGAGCAUUGCCAGUUGGCGCCACCUGGAUCUCCCUAAUCCGGAACCCACGCGCCCCAAGCUUCUACUACAUCGGACUCGCCGGCAUCGGCGUCGGCGGAGUUCGAGUUUCAAUACCGGAAGAAACGUUUCAACUCACCGAGUUCGGUACCAACGGCGUCGUAAUGGACACUGGCACCGCCGUGACACGUCUUCCGACAUCGGCCUACGUGGCGUUGCGUGAUUCGUUCACAGCCCAAACCAGCAACCUCCCACGGGCGCCUGGCGUUUCGAUCUUCGACACGUGUUACGAUCUCAACGGGUUCGAGUCCGUACGAGUGCCCACGGUGUCGUUUUACUUCUCCGAUGGACCGGCUCUGACACUGCCAGCGAAGAACUUUUUGAUUCCGGUAGACGGCGGCGGAACCUUUUGCUUGGCUUUUGCUCCGUCGCCGUCGGGACUUUCUAUAAUCGGAAACAUCCAGCAAGAAGGAAUUCAAAUCUCAUUCGAUGGGGCUAAUGGGUUCGUUGGGUUUGGCCCAAAUAUUUGCUAAAUCUACAAAUUAUAUAUAAUUAAGGAUUUGAAUAUAGUUUUUCUUAAUCACAUUAUUAAAUUUUGUUUUAAAGCUAAUAGAUGGAUCACAUGUAAAUUAUUUACUUGUCAUGUAGUAUAGCUAUAUAGUUUCUAUGAAUGUACUAUUUUUCUUAUUUCCAAUGUAAUAAAAUCUGAAUUUUGCUUUCA